AUGGCCUCCGCUGAGGCGCAAGCGCGGCGUCCACAGCUGCAAAUUCGGGGCGCGCAGUCAUCCUCCUCCAUCCUCGUGAAUAGCUGCCAGCGUGGAAAUCCGAUGUUGCCGCAUAUUAAGGGUGUGGCGUGGGAGUACGCCGAUAUUGUGCCAGACUAUCAAGUGGGCUUGUCGAGUGGUGUGCUUUUCCUAAGUUUAAAGUACCAUCGUCUGCAUCCGGAGUACAUUUAUACACGCAUCCAAAAUCUUGCUCACAUGUACACUCUACGCGUACUGCUCAUUCUGUGUGAUGUAUCUGACCACCAACCGGCUAUUCGAGAGCUGACCAAAGCCGCCGUGAUUCACCGGCUCGUGAUCAUGGUGGCAUGGUCAGCCGAAGAAGGCGCGCGGUAUCUCGAAACAUAUAAGGCUUUUGAGCAAAAGCCACCUGACCUGAUUCGUGCUCGUGUGGGUGAAGAUCCCAUGAGCAUCCUACAGUCCGUCCUGACACAAGUGCGCGGUAUCAAUAAGGCAGAUGUGCUGACACUCGCUACUCGCUACCAUUCGUUUUAUGAUAUGGUCAGACAGACACCUGAGCAGCUUCUCGUGCUGCCAGGCAUGGGCGAUAGAAAGGCACGAAGUUUGGCACAGGCGUUUCGAGAGCCAUUUCGGGCCGACGGCGCGAAAAACGAGCAAAAGCCCGCGGAGGCAUCCUGGGAAGACGCUCUGCCCGACCAUUUUGAGUCUUUGCCUGAAGAAGAGCAAUUGCGCAUCGCCAUGCAGCUGAGCAUGGAGUCAUCGUAA